AUGGCCAAGCGAAGCAAGCUCCUCCAGGCCCUCGACGCCCACAAGGGCCGUGACUUUGACGCUGAGAAGCAAAAGAAAAUGAUCAAGGCCGCGGAGAAGAAGAAGGGCGGCAAGAAGGCCGCAGCUGUCCCCGAGGACAAGCCCGCCGUCGAGGAAAAGAAGGAAGAAGAGCCCGCCAGCUCUGAGGCCGAGGAAGAAGAGGAAGAGGCCGAUGAGGACGAGGAGAUGGACGACGGUGAAGAGGAAGAGGAAGAAGACAUUCCUCUUUCCGACCUUGAAGAAGACGAGCGCGAGGACGUCGUCCCCCAUCAGCGCCUGACUAUCAACAACUCCGCCGCCAUCAACGCCGCCCUCAAGCGUAUUUCCUUCAUCGGCACCCAGACCCCAUUCUCAGAGCACAACUCCCUAGUCUCGAAAGAGCCGAUCGAGAUCGAAGACCCCAAUGACGAUCUUAACCGCGAGCUUGCUUUCUACAAGGUCUGCCAGGCUGCCGCUACCGAGGCCCGUGGCAUGCUGAAGAAGGAGGGUAUUCCCUUCACCCGCCCGGGUGACUACUUUGCCGAGAUGGUCAAGAACGACGAGCACAUGGGUCUGAUCAAGAAGAAGCUUUAUGAAGAGGCUGCUGGCAAGAAGGCUGCUGCUGAGGCGCGUCGCCAGCGUGACCUGAAGAAGUUCGGCAAGCAGGUGCAGAACGCCAAGCUGCAACAGCGACACAAGGAGAAGCGCGAGAUGUUAGAGAAGAUCAACACCCUGAAGAAGAAGCGCAAGGCUGAUACCUCUGCCCCUACCGACGAUGCCAAGGACAUGUUCGACAUUGCCGUUGAGGAGGCUAGCCAGCCUGAGAAGCGUGGCCGUGAAGGUGGUGGCAAGCGCCAGAAGAAGGAUGCCAAGUUCGGAUUCGGAGGCAAGAAGCGCCAUGCUAAGAGCGGUGACGCUGCGUCCAGUGGUGAUCUGAGCAACUUCUCUGCUAAGAAGAUGAAGGGCGGCGCAAAGCGUCCCGGUAAGAGCAAGAGAACUGCGGCCAAGGGACGCAACUGA